CCCUGCCCGUCCUGCGCCGCACACCCAAUAUGAUGGAGCGGAGCCGGGCGCCCGGAGCGCCGCUGCCACCCUACGAGCCACUGUCCGAAGGGCUGGACAUGGAGGGACUGCCGCGGAGCACGGUGGUGAUGGUGGAGCCCUCGCCGGUGCCCCCGCCCCGCGACCACUUCGCCUGGUCCCUCUGCACGAUGCUCUACGGGAACAUCUGCUGCCUGGGCUUCAUGGCCCUCAUCUUCUCCGUGAAGUCCAGGGACCGCAAAGUCCUCAGAGACUACAGCGGAGCCCUCAGCUACGGCACCACCUCUAAGUACCUGAACAUCACUGCCCUGCUACUCAACAUCUUCUUCGUCAUCCUCAUCAUCGCCCUGCUGGCCAGCGGCACCAUCGUCGUGGCCAAUCUCGUCAACCAGGAGCAGCGCCUCUUCGAUGGCCCCACUUAGCCCUUCCCCCCUCCGCCUGCCGGGAGCCCCCUCCUGCCUCAGGGCAGGGGGUAUGUCCUCCGUGCCACCCACCAGAGCCUGCUGGGGUCCUGUCCCACUUUCCUCGCUGCUUGACGUCCUCGCAGAGCCCUCUCCGACGUCCCCCCUGGAGACACCUCUCCCCGGCAGGAGAUGAGCACCCCAGCACUGGCUGUGGCAGAGGAACCUCUGUGCUUUUCUGCUUGCUGCUUCACGCUGAUCCGGUAGCCCCAAGUGCCUUUGAGUGUAACCCUGAGGAGAAAAGGAUGAUCAGAGAAAACGUUCAGAGAAAACCUGGUUCAA